CUCACCACUUCAGAACUGCAGAGCUGCUAACCCCGUGUUAAGAGCUCGAUCAGCUCAUUAUGUGUCCUGAUGUCGUGGUGGUUGGUGGCCGACCGUAUUGAAGAGUGUGAGAGCAGUGACAUGGAGACCGGGCCCCGCCCCCCGCCCCUUGCUGGUCCUGCUGUGGUGUUGGGUCCCCAGAGGCUCUCUUUUGCCUACCAGGGCCUCUUGGAGAUUCCCUAUGACACCAUUCUUCAGCAUCAGGACACUCUGGAGGUUCUGGACCUCAGUUACAACUUGCUGGAUGAACGGAACCCUGCUCUUUUGGGGGGUUUGGAGAAGCUCAGCACACUCAUCCUGGACUGCAACAACUACAACGCACAUGUCAAAUUCCCCUACAUGCCCAGCCUCACCACCUUGUGGAUCAACAAGAACAAAAUCAGCAACCUGCCCAUUGUUGUGGAAGAGAUCUCCUGCAAGUUCCCAAAUAUCAAAAUUCUUAGUAUGAUGAACAAUGAAGCAGCACCCAGUUACUUCAAUGGAGGCAGUCGGACGCAGUAUAUCGAUUACAGGCAGUAUGUGAUCAGUCAGAUAUCCAGUCUGGAGGUGCUGGAUGACACAGAGGUGCAGGUAAAAGAGCGUGAACUGGCCCAGAAGACCUACAGGAUGCAGAGAAUCAAAGAAAGCCGCAGCAGGAGGAAGGAGCUUCAUCGCUAACAGAGAAUUGUUCAUCAUUUCACACGCUUUUCCCGAACUGUAUGCAUGCCAAGACACUUAGGCUACUAUCCCACAACAAUCCAAGAGGUCGUUCCAGACUUCAUGAGCUUCAAAGCUUGUUGACAGGAAGUGAUUCAUGCAGAUCAUGGAUUUGGAAGCCGCAACAAAUAAAUAUGAAAAGGCAUUGGA